AUGGCAGCCACAUAUUCUUUAGCCACUGCCUCAGGCAUUCUCGCCGGAGUUCUUCCGGUAGCUGUCCUCUUCCUAGUCACUGCCGUCUUCUUCCUCCUUAUCUAUCAUUUACAAAUCCCUAAUGAGCAUGAAAAAGAUGGUGGAGGUGGUGAUCAUCGUUUACCACCUGGUCCAGCAGCCUUACCAAUUGUCGGAAGUCUUCCGAUGAUGCUUUGGAGGAAACCACAUUUCCGGUGGAUCCUCCAAAAAGCUGAAGGCAAGGAUAUUACUUGCAUUCGCCUAGGAAAUGUCCAUGUCAUUGUUGUUAACUCACCGGAGCUAGCCUGUGAGUUUUUAAAGAAGAAUGACGCCAUCUUCGCCUCCCGGCCGAUAACAAUGGCUACCGAAUACUCCGGUAGGGGCUUCCUCUCUGUCGUCAUUGCUCCGUGGGGUGAUCAGUGGAAGAAGAUGCGCCGAGUAAUUGCCUCGGAGGUGAUGAACCAUAAAAGGUUCCGAAGCAUGGCGAAGAUGCGGGUUGAGGAGGCCGAUAACCUUGUUCGGUGUAUUCAAUACCAAAGUGAAGCUAAUGAAGUGAUUGAUGUUCGAAAAUCUCUUAGGUAUUAUAGUGGAAAUAUCAUAAGGAGGAUGAUUUUUGGGUGCCGGCAUUUUGGAAUGGGAGCGAAAGAUGGAGGGCCAGGGCCCGGCCCGGAAGAGAUAGAGCAUGUAGAGGCUGCAUUCACAGUGCUCUCAUUAAUCUAUGCCUUUUGUGCAUCAGAUUUUAUGCCGAGUUUGAGAAUUUUGGAUAUAGAUGGUCAUGAGAAAAUCAUGAAGAAGGCGAUAAAGGUGAUCAAUAAGUAUCAUGAUCCUAUCAUCGAAGAAAGAAUGCGACGAUGGAGAAGCGAUGGAGGUGUUGAUGAUGAGCCAGAGGACAUCCUUGAUGUGUUCAUUUCUCUUAAAGACGAUAAAGGGAAACCUCUCUUAACCAUGGAAGAGAUUAAGGCUCAAGCUGCGGAGUUCUCCCGGUUGUUUUCCUCUUCCUCGUCAUUGCCAUCUUCUUCUUUCUUCUCUACAAAUCACAAUAAAGAAAGCCGCGGUGGUCGUUUACCACCUGGUCCAGUAGCCUUACCGAUUGUUGGAAGUCUUCCAAUGAUGCUUUGGAGGAAACCACGUUUCCGAUGGGUACUCCAAAAAGCUGAAGACAAGGACAUUACCUGCAUUCGCCUAGGAAAUGUCCAUGUUAUUGUUGUUAACUCGCCGGAGCUUGCCCGUGAGUUUUUAAAGAAGAAUGACGCUAUCUUCGCCUCCCGGCCGAUAACAAUGGCUACCGAAUACUCUGGUAGGGGUUUCCUCUCUGCUGUCAUUGCUCCAUGGGGUGAUCAGUGGAAGAAGAUGCGCCGAGUGAUUGCCUCAGAGGUUAUCAACCAUAAAAGAUUCCAAAGCAUGGCGAAAUUACGCGGCGAGGAGGCUGAUAACCUUGUUCGGUACAUUCUAUAUCAAAGUAAAGCUAGUGAAGUGAUCGAUGUUAGAAAGGCUCUUAGGUAUUAUAGUGGAAAUAUCAUAAGGAGGAUGAUUUUUGGGUGUCGGCAUUUUGGAAUGGGAGCGAAAGAUGGAGGGCCAGGGCCCGGCCCGGAAGAGAUAGAGCAUGUAGAGGCUGCAUUCACAGUGCUCUCAUUGAUCUAUGCCUUUUGUGCAUCAGAUUUCAUGCCAAGUUUGAGAACUUUGGAUAUAGAUGGUCAUGAAAGAGUAAUGAAAAAGGCGAUAAAAGUGAUCAAUAAGUAUCAUGAUCCUAUCAUCGAAGAAAGAAUGCGACGAUGGAGGACCGAUGGUGGUGUUGAUGAUGAGCCGGAGGAUAUCCUUGAUGUGUUCAUUUCUCUCAAAGAUGAUAAAGGGAAGCCUCUCUUGACCAUGGAAGAGAUUAAAGCUCAAGCUGCCGAACUCAUCUUUGCAACAGUGGACAACCCCUCAAACACAGUGGAAUGGGUGAUGGCUGAGAUGCUCAACCAGCCAGACAUUCUCCGGAAAGCAAUCGACGAGCUCAACCAUGUCGUCGGCCCUCACCGCCUAGUCGAAGAGUCUGACUUCCCAAACCUCCCCUACCUAAAGGCAUGUGCCCGUGAAGCCCUUCGCCUUCACCCCGUUGCCCCCUUCAACCUACCCCACGUCUCCUUCACCGACACCACUGUCGCUGGAUUCUUCAUUCCCAAGGGCAGCCAGGUCCUCCUAAGCCGUGUAGGACUUGGCCGGAACCCUAAAGUUUGGGAAGAUCCAAUGAGGUUCAACCCUGACAGGCACCUUAUUGAGAAGAAUGUGGAGCUAGCUGAGACAGAUCUCCGUUUCAUAUCGUUCUCCGCUGGCCGGAGAGGAUGCAUAGGAGCGCAGUUAGGGACGAUGAUGACGUACAUGCUGUUGGCUAGGGUUUUGCAUGCAUUUACGUGGACCUUGCCCGCCGGUGAAGAGCUGGUGAACCUCUCUGAAGAGGAACAUAGUCUCUUUAUGGCUAAACCUUUGCAUGCACUCGCUAACUCAAGGUUGUACUUUCUAAGUUAG